AGAGUAAUUUAUCAACGAAAAAUACAGUACGUGUUGGUUCAACCUUCUCAGGUGAGAGUAUUUUCUGCUCUUCUGUCUUUUAUAUGAAAAAAAAUAGGGCUUUCAAAGUUAACGCGACAAUAACGCAUUCACAAUCAUCUGUAUCUUCUGUAUGUAAAGUUCCUGUCAUUUCAGACAUGCCCUUCCUCUCCUGCCCACCAGACGUCCUCAGUGAGUUCACACCUGUUGCCGGUCCACCAACUCUGCACCUGCCUGCACACCUGCACCUCAUUACUCCAUUAGCUCUAGUGUGAACCUGCCCUUUACUUCUCUAGCAGAGAGUUCUACUAAAUCUGUCUGUCACCUCACUCCUGCUCACCUUACUCCCCAAUUACCCCCAGUCAGUAUACCAGCACCUGUUCCCCGGUUGGUUGCCUGAUUGUCGCUGUUGCUUCGUGCCACCUGAACCCUGGAACAUGGACCCUAAUCCAAGGACCUGGACCUAUACAGAGUCUCCGCCCCCUGCUGGCCGGUUGAAAGAAUGCACCUCAGCAUUGGCUCCUCCAGGUGAACCCUCUGAUCUCUGGACUGACAGUUUAUAACCGAAACAAAAUGAGGAUUUCUUCUCUUCGCUGCUGGUUUCUGUUGAUAUUCUCUGGCUUCUUCUUCUUUUGGGGACUGGCGAUGGGUGCUUUCCCGAGCAGCGUGCAGAUCGGCGGCCUGUUCAUCAGAAACACUGAUCAGGAGUACACCGCCUUUCGUUUGGCAAUCUUCCUGCACAACACCAGCCCGAACGCCUCGGAAGCCCCGUUCAACCUGGUGCCUCACGUGGACAACAUCGAGACGGCCAACAGCUUCGCCGUCACCAACGCCUUUUGCUCCCAGUAUUCCCGCGGUGUCUUCGCCAUCUUCGGCCUGUACGACAAGCGCUCGGUCCACACGUUGACGUCCUUCUGCAGCGCCCUGCACAUCUCCCUCAUCACGCCCAGCUUCCCCACCGAGGGCGAGAGCCAGUUCACCCUGCAGCUCCGGCCGUCCAUCCGGGGGGCGCUGCUGUCCCUCCUCGACCACUACGACUGGAACAAGUUCGUCUUCCUGUACGACACCGACCGGGGAUACGCCAUCCUGCAGGCCAUCAUGGAGAAGGCGGGACAAAACAACUGGCAGGUCAGCGCCAUCUGCGUGGAGAACUUCAAUGACGCCAGCUACCGACGGCUGCUGGAGGAUCUGGACCGGAGACAGGAGAAGAAGUUCGUCAUCGACCUCGAGGCCGAGAGACUGCAGAACAUGCUGGAGCAGAUCGUCAGUGUCGGGAAACAUGUCAAAGGCUACCAUUACAUCAUGGCCAACCUGGGUUUUAAGGACAUCAACCUGGAGCGCUUCAUGCACGGCGGAGCCAACGUGACAGGCUUCCAGCUGGUCGACUUCAGCAACCCCAUGGUCAUCAAGCUGAUGCAGCGCUGGAAUAAGCUGGAUCAGAGGGAGUACCCGGGCUCGGACGCCCCGCCCAAGUACACCUCAGCGCUGACAUACGACGGGGUGAUGGUGAUGGCCGAGGCCUUCAGGAACCUGCGCAGGCAGAAGGUAGACAUUUCCAGGCGGGGGAACGCUGGCGACUGUCUCGCCAACCCCGCCGCACCGUGGAACCAAGGCAUCGACAUGGAGCGCACUCUCAAACAGGUCCGGCUGCAGGGAUUAACAGGUAAUGUCCAGUUUGACCACUAUGGCCGCAGGGUCAACUACACUAUGGACGUGUUUGAACUGAAGAAUAAUGGACCCAGACGGAUCGGCUACUGGAACGACGCAGACAAACUGGUGCUGAUCCAGGACUCUCCGCUGCUUCCUAAUGACACCUCCGGCAUGGAGAACCGCACCGUCGUAGUUACUACCAUCAUGGAGGGUCCCUAUGUGAUGCUCAAGAAGAACUGGGAGAUGUACGAGGGCAACGACCAGUACGAGGGAUACUGCGUGGACCUGGCCUCGGAGAUCGCCAAACACAUCGGCAUCAAGUACAAAAUCUCCAUCGUUCCCGACGGAAAGUACGGCGCCAGGGACCCGGAGACGAAGAUCUGGAAUGGCAUGGUCGGGGAGCUGGUGUACGGGAAAGCGGAAAUCGCCGUGGCCCCAUUGACUAUCACGUUGGUCCGGGAGGAGGUGAUCGACUUCUCCAAGCCCUUCAUGUCGCUGGGCAUUUCCAUCAUGAUCAAGAAACCCCAGAAGUCCAAACCGGGGGUGUUCUCCUUCCUGGACCCGUUGGCCUACGAGAUCUGGAUGUGCAUCGUGUUCGCCUAUAUCGGCGUGAGCGUGGUGCUCUUCCUGGUCAGCCGCUUCAGCCCGUACGAAUGGCACACCGAGGAGCCCGAAGAGGGCACCGACGGUCCGCCAAGCGACCAGCCCCCCAAUGAGUUUGGUAUCUUCAACUCCCUCUGGUUCUCCCUUGGCGCCUUCAUGCAGCAAGGCUGUGACAUCUCCCCGAGAUCGCUAUCGGGUCGAAUCGUCGGAGGAGUGUGGUGGUUCUUCACCCUCAUCAUCAUCUCGUCCUACACGGCUAACCUGGCCGCCUUCCUCACAGUGGAGAGGAUGGUUUCCCCCAUCGAGAGCGCCGAGGAUCUGGCCAAGCAGACGGACAUCGCCUACGGCACUCUGGACUCAGGCUCCACCAAAGAGUUCUUCAGGCGGUCAAAAAUCGCCGUCUACGAGAAGAUGUGGGGAUACAUGAAGUCGGCCGAGCCCACGGUCUUCACCAAGACCACGGCGGAGGGCGUGGCGCGCGUCCGCAAGUCCAAAGGGAAAUACGCCUUCCUCUUGGAGUCCACCAUGAACGAGUACACAGAACAACGCAAGCCGUGCGACACGAUGAAAGUGGGGGGAAACUUGGACUCCAAAGGCUACGGAGUAGCUACACCCAAGGGUUCACAGUUAAGAAGUGCAGUUAACCUGGCCGUGUUAAAACUCAAUGAGCAAGGCCUGUUGGACAAAUUGAAAAACAAGUGGUGGUACGACAAAGGAGAGUGUGGCAGCGGAGGCGGUGGCGAGAAGGACAAGUCGUCCCAGGCCCUCAGUCUGAGCAACGUGGCGGGGGUCUUCUACAUCCUCGUCGGGGGCCUGGGCCUGGCCAUGCUGGUGGCCCUCAUCGAAUUCUGCUACAAGUCGCGCAACGAGGCCAAGAGAAUGAAGCUAACUUUUACAGAAGCCAUGAGGAACAAGGCCCGUCUGUCCAUCACAGGCAGCGUCGGGGAGAACGGGCGGGUGCUGACGCCCGACUGUCCCAAGGCCGUCCACACCGGGCCUCCCCUCCGCCAGAGCUCCGGCCUCGCCCUGGUCUCCUCCGAGCUCCCGUGAAAACCAAAAACCUCUCAAGUGCCUUAUUCCAAUAACAAGAAACAAACAAUAAUCGCACCGCCCACGAAACAACCAGAAACUUAACCACGAAGAAACAGGAUUCACACACCCAACGGGUCACCUCCAGCGGGCGAGACGGGCGCUAACAACAAAUCCCGCUGUUAGAGGUUACGACUUGUUGUGUGGCUCGAUGAUUUCUCUCAGAAAUCUGUGGAAACCAGAGGCAGAACAAUCUCGAUUUUUCUUUUUACGGAGGCGUACGUUUGAAUCAAAAGGGAAUCCACUGGAGCCAUUCAACCUUUCCAGUGACGUGAAGAGGAGCAGGGGGGGAAGAAAUAAUAUCAUGAUAUAUGAUAAAGAUGAAGACCAGAAAACUGUAAACUUGAAACAAAACUGUGCAUUUUUUGGAUUGCUGUGAAUUGGCAAAAAAAAAAACUGAACCACAAUCAAGAUUGUUUUCAAACUGAACAGAUAUGAGCAGCGUCUAAGAGACAACAAUCUCACUGGAUAUCAACAAGGACACUGGGAACACUGGGAGAGCUGUAGCCCGGUGCCAUGACGAUACGACGGAAAAAUAUUUGUAUUCAUAAUAACAAAAUAAUUGAUAUUGAAUAUAUGAGCAAACGUAGGAAACUGUGAAAAUAAGUAAAUAUGUAUAUUCCAUGAAAAACAAAAUGAAGAAUUUAGCUGUACAUAGGGACGACUGCUUGCUUUUUAAACAGAUGUACAUAAACAGAUACUGUAGUGGACAGUUCUUUUUUUUGUAAAUCAUCUUUAAAGAUUUUAUUCAUCGCAAUAAUGAAAAAGAUGAUGCCACUUGAAGGAGGAGACGUGUGUUAAAAAUCUGUUACGUGUUGAAACUGUAUUAUAUAGGAACUCUAAAUGUGAAUGGGGUAUCAACUGCCCAGAUAUUCUGAUACCUGUCGCGUACAAAUUCAUUAAUAUAUUCAACGAUGAAUGUUAAGUAGCUCCACCCCCAAUCCUUAAGCCACACCCCUCACUGUGCAGACGUAGACCCAGAGAGUUGCUCAUGAGUAGAGCUUUAUAAAAUCAAGUUUCAGUCAGAGUAUAACUAUUUUUUUCAUUAUCUUUUGAUCUAUUUUUUGUACCGAGAAAUUAAAAAUAGUGUUUUGGUUUUAAAUGUGGACAGUCCAGUACUAUCUGGGUAGAUAUUUUAGACCAUUACGUGUGUGGAGACAUGAGUUGAAACCAUGAUGCGAAAUUGAAAAAUGCCAUUUCUCUCUAUAUGUUAUUUGUCUGUUUCCCAGAGCUGAUGAAGCCACUGUUUGUAUGUUGAACAAUGAUUAUAGAGCCCUUCCUUAUUGAAACACUGUGGAUCCUCCGGGGAGGCUGCACACACCGUAGCAGAAAUGUAUUUGCUCCGCUGACUGAAGUGUCCUCAUCUCUUUAUUUUGGACAAUCUGCAAUAGGACGCAAGAAGCCACAUCUUCAGCAACGCCAGCCGACGAUGCCGUUGGUUCUAUUUUCGUUCAUUCUCAUCCGUUCCGUUCCCGUUGCUGUGGCAGGAUGGGGAAGUUUGGCAGCGGGAAAAACCAGCUGAAAUAUUUCAGGUCAUGCCUUUUUUUUUGUCCUGCCAUCCGUCUUUAGAGCUGAAGUGUAAUAUGGCGUCUUAUUUUGGUUCAAUUGUACAUCUUUAUUUUGAUCUUUUUUAAGUAAAAACAAAUUUCAAAUUGCAA